AACGUCAACGACGUGUUUUCUUGGUGGCGCAGCUGCUACGAGCGCCGCGUUUCCUCAUCCGACGCAUCAUCGAUCCGCACAGCCGGCCAUAACCUCAGUGCGAUUUCAACGAGCACGUCACUAUUCUCGCGUUUCCUUUUCUUCCACGUCUCUCGAAAACCUUUUCCCCGUCGUCGAAUCCUUCAAGUUGGGAAAAUAAGGAAAAAAAAAAAAAGAAAAAAAUAGAUAAGAAACGAAAGAGGAAAAAAAGUUACGAAAAAAAAAAAAAAAAGAAAAGAAGAGAAACCAACAAUUUUCGAAGAAACAUUUCUAUCUUCGUUUUUGUUCGUUAAGUGAGAGUGUGAGAGAGAGAGAGAAAGAGAGAGAGAGAGAGAGAGAGAGGGAAAGAGGGAAGAGAGUAAAUUUCAUCGAUAGAAAGAAACGAAAAUAUAUUUCUAUCUUCUUUUUUAAAUCCCCUUUAUCCCCUACCCCACCCCAUCCCACUUUACCCUACGUUCGAUCAUUGACAAUCAUCAGGAAGUCAACUGCAGUAAUAUUCUGGAUCACAGUGAGAGGGAAAACGUCUAGAGGAAUCUAUUGUAAUUAUAUAUUCUAAGGAAGGAAAGGAACAUUAAUGGCAGCUAAAUCGGACGUUAUAUAUGAUCGAUUGCAAUACGAUUGUGAAGAUCGUCGAACGAGUUAAUGAUCACGAUAAAAACGAGACAGCCGGCGAAGAGAAGUGAAAAGAAGAAGAAAAAGAAGAAGAAGAGGAAGAAGGAGGUGGUGGUGGUGGUGGUGGUGGUGGUAGUGGUGGUAAUAGUAGUAGUAGUGAAAGAAAAGGAAGAAGCACGAAUGAUCGUAUCUCAUCUAGAACGAGCGCAUCGGCAGCGCAUGCAUCGACAUACAAUUCUCAAAGAAAACAACGCCGAUCGUCGACGUUCAACGUCGUCGUCGAUAACUAAGAAAGAAUCGACGACGAACGGUGGUGGUCCGAUACGUUGAAAGAAAAAAGGAACAUGGACAAAAACGAUUUUCUUGUUAAUCUUCAUUAUUUACCUAUCAUAUUAUUCGUUUCCUUGCCGGCGGUGUUCGUUCUCACAUAUGUCAUAGCUGUAUUAUCUGAUCACGUGGAAGCAGGAUUUCCUUAUAUUUCCGACGUUGCUACCUCAGCACCAGAAAGUUGCAUAUUUGCUCAAUUUAUGAACAUGAUAGCUGCACUCAUGUGCCUCGUCAUCUAUAUAAGAUACUCUCAAGUGAAGGAAUGUACAAGUGCAUUUCGUCUUCAGGCAUCUCUACCAAGAUGGAAUUAUUGGGCCUUAAUUCUUGGCCUAACAACUACUUUAGGUGUUUCGAUAGUUGCAAAUUUUCAAGAGACAUCGGUCAUCGUUGUUCACAUGAUAGGUGCAUUUUUAUGUUUUGGCGGUGGCACCGCAUAUUUUUGGACACAGGCUGUUUGUUCGUUCUACUUGCAUCCGCUCGGAUGUUCUUUAAGAAUGGCCCAUCUUCGAACGGCACUAUCAACAUUUUGCACAUUCUGCUUCUUCGUCAUAUUCAUAACCGGAGUCCUAGCUAGUCUGGCAUAUAAAGGUACGAAUCCUCAAAAAUGGUAUAAAGGUGACGGUGGUUGGGAACUUCACGUUGCUAGUACUGUCACCGAAUGGAUCUGUGCAAUUGCAUUUUGUAUUUAUAUCCUAACAUUCACCGAUGAAUUUAAAGACAUUAGGAUGAGUCAUCCAAAGAUUAUAUGCAAUUUCAACCGUUCAAGAUCAAGUAACGAGGUUCUGAACGAAAGUCAGGCUUCUCCGUUAUAUCAAGAACAAGAUAGUCCAACAGUCACCUGAUCCCUUAACGGCAGAGGUACCGGUGUCUAUGUGAAUUUGCUUUCUCAUUCGCCAGUAGAUACACCUUGUCCUGGAUAUAGAUAUCGAGAAUACAGGGACGCUCUAUUGGAUGAUGUCGCUCCAUUAAUAGCAACGACACCGCCUAACGAGAGAAGACCCGAUGACCUCUGCCCAGUACAAAUACAUGUUCACGAUUCAUCAAUAAGAGAACGACGUCGUCAAGGAUUGGAGAGAAAAAAGGAAUGUGAAGAAAAAACAAACGUUUCUCAAGAAGA